AGACUCUCAAGAGUCUCAGUGGCCAGGAGGCGUCUGUCGCAGCAGCACCAAGUUCAGUCACGGCAGCUACAUCGACGCCCGCAGCAGUUCGAACAACACAACACCACCACAACCCCCCCCAAAAAAAACAGAGAAGAAAACGAGAGGAGGAAAGUGAGAGUGAAAGGAGUUAAUACCCAGCAAGAUGAAGACGAUGAUGAUGAUGUUGGUUGUGAUAAUGGAAGCUCAAGCGAAGUCAUUGACAGACACAAUAAUUGUCAAGGAUAGAGCUUUACAACUUGAAGCCAUUAAUCUAACUGUUUCCAUCAAUAAUAUGUGUGAGUGUAAGAUGGUGUGUUUCACAAACACAAAGUGCCACUUUGCUACAGCCAUUGUAAGUGCCGAAGAGAGGGUGUGCCACAUGUCGUACCAUGAGGAUGUCUACCAUGAACUCGGUAAUGCUACCGGCCAAAUAACCUUCUACUGGGCAACAUACAUCAAGGAAGGAAGGAGGUAUUACUUGAUGUACACACGUGGUAUCGGAUGGGACUUUGCCACGGAUAGGUGUGUAGCUGAAGGAGGUCAGCUGGCUGUGGCUGAGGACGAAGCCAAGAUGAAGGAGCUGCAAGCUGUCUUGGCUCGUCAUGGUGAAACGCCAGCUUGGAUCGGCUUAAAGUUUAUGUCAGCUUCAAAUGGGUCUAUGACAGGUCCUUUCUGGCACUACAGGACAGGUUUCAAGCUUAAAUCUACACAUUCCAGCAUUUCCAAUGAGGGUGUCUGCUUUGACCUAUCCAACACAAACCAAAUGUGGACCACCAAGAACCUAAACUGUGAGACACUCCUCUCCUACAUCUGCCAGCGUGACUUCUAGAACCAAGUGGUGAUUUUAGGAGGCUAUGUAGGAGUAAAUUAUUCUGUCUAUCAGAGGAAGGAUUAAGAGGAGUUCUGUCUAUCAGAGGAAGAAGUAAGUGAGAAUUUAUGUCUAUCAGAGGAAAGAGUAAGUGAAGAGUUCUGUCUAUCAGAGGAAGAAGUAAGUAGGGUAAGGAGUCCUGUCUAUCCCAUAAAAGGGAGGAAGGAAUGGGUAAAAUUUAAUAACAUUUAACCACUAUGUCAGUCAGCUAAUAAAAGUAUCAUAUGUAACCUGGUGCACUGCACUGUGUUUUAGAUAUGCAGUAAUAUAACCAACAUUAGAGUUUGGUAUUGAAUUUUUGAGUCAUGUGAAGAUUAGGUACCCCAGCUUAUUGCACCUGAUAAGGUACCCCAGCUUAUUUCACCUGUUAAGGUAUACCAGCUUAUUUCACCUGAAUAAAUUCUUAACAUUUCAUGGGAAAGUUAGGUUAGGUAAUAUUAAAUUUGGUUAAAUUAUGUUAUGUUAGGUUAUCAUUUUUAGUGCUUUCUCGAAUCUACUACCCCCUUAUCUCUAAAUUCCCACUGAAUCAAUGGAUACUACAGUAUCUUCCUAAAAUGCGGUGUUUUUCAUAAACACAACUACUGCACUAUAGAACUGACUGUACAUUACUCUGGACAUGACAUUUUCAACAUGAGGAAUGAUUGUGAUUGUGAAUAUAUUUAAACAAACUGAUUGUUGUCCGAUAAAAAAAAUUCAACUUUACAAUUCCUAAAUUUUUUCCAUUUAUUAUAAAAAACAAAAAGCUGAAAUAUAUGUAUAAACAAUACUACUGUAUACUGUAUAUAGUACAGUUUAUACACAAGGCAUUUAUUAUUCCAAAACCCCAUUAUCCAAUACCAUAUAUUUGUGGAUCUUUAUUCUACAUUACAAAAGACAUCACAUAAAUCAAACCUUAAAGUAUAAAAUAUAUUCAAAUAAAGAAACUUUGUAAUUAACACGGUUAUAAUGUCUCCUUCAAAAAAGGUUCCAUCCACUAUGAUAACACAUACUCACUCUCACUAUUAAAUGGUCCUCAGGUUUACAUCUACUGUAUCUCAAAUAAAAAAAUGGUUCACUUAUACAAUUUUACAUUAUGAUGAUAUUGGCAAAUCUUAAGGAGGAAAAAAACCCCUAGAUUUCCACUAAACACCAGCAGCUGACUUAAAAUACCAGCACAAUUAACAUCUGGGGCAUGUGUUAAACAAUGCAUAUGAAACCAAUAUAAGUAUGUUUGGGUUUACUCAUGACUUCCUGGUCUGUCUUGGUUAAUAAGUUACAGUACACAGGCCACAGUCUCUUCUCCCUCGAUCUCAUCAUCCCUUUUGGGUUGAGUACAGUACCGAAAUUUCAAAUCCCUCAUCUAUUCAUUUCCUUAAACCCAAACAUAUGUUUCUCUGUGUUAAAAAAAACACACAAAAAACUUGUGCAAUAAGAAAAUAUCAUGAAUGCAACAAAGACCACACCAUACUGUAACUAACUAACUUUUCCAAUACAAAAAUAAUCAAAUAGCCCCUAACAUCAUUAUUAUUCAAUUCUUGAGCCCUAAUACAAACAUAUUACCAACAACACUUUUAAUAACAAUUCUUUAUAACUUUCUCCUUUGGCAUCUGUUUGUUUACACAUCUAUAUUAUAUUGUAUAUAUAUAAUACUCUUCGAUACAACCAUGAAAAUAAUCAUUGUCUAUACUCCUGCUGAAAUGUACACAGUAACUGCAUUGUUUAUAUACUUGCCUAUCCAACUGUAAACCUGUAUGACAACUAUGUAUAUUAAAAAGAAAAUGAGUUGUUGACAUAUUUAAGUACAGUACAGAUAUCCUUAGAUAUAUGAACUUUUGAGAUAUGAAAAUUCGCUUGUACUUAUAUACUUAGUUGACACCACUAUUUUGAGAUACGAAAGCUCUCCCCGCUUAUACAAAUUUGGGUCCAGGCAAAAAUUCAAAUUUCAUGUGCGAGAGUCAGCUGGCGCAGCCAUCUUGGGGAGAAAUGCGCAAAGACAUAUCCAUGCUCACUGAAUGCGGUGAUGGCCCUACCAGGAUUGGGAAAGAUCUUGGUCUAGCUGCUUUUACUGUAUCCACAAUUUACAAGCAUGCUGAGGACUGUGGUGUCCUUGGCAGACAGCAGUGAUGAAAUUGGACUAUCCUCCUCAUCAUGCUGAGUAAGGCCCUUACUCAGCACACCCCUAGUGGUGGUGAGCCAUCCAGACUGCCCUCCCACUAGGUAAUGUACUACAGUAUAGUUAAAUAGUAUUUUACUAUUUUUUUCAUGUGUUAAGUAGUAAAUUC